AUCCUCACUACAUCUUGAUAUCCGGCCAUGGCUGCUGUUAUUGAUGAUAUCUGCAACAAGGCCUUCUCCAAAAGCUUCAUGCUUUUCAAGCCCGAAGACCUUAACGUCUUCGACUUGUUAAAAUUCUUGUUCUCCCCCAAGCUCCAUGAAAGAAAGUUUGUAGAAUCCAGCCACCCAACCGAGUUCAAUUUCGCCCACAGAAUUCUCAUCAUCAUCACCAUCAUCGUCCACAAGCUCCUCCAAUUGUUUGCCGCCCCACUCGCCUUGCUUGGCUUCGUCGUUGAGUUCAGCCUCAACUUUUUGUCUGCCAACGGCGGCGUUUUUGGCCUCCUCAAUAUCUUCCGAUUGAAGUUGAAACUACCGGACAGCUCAUCGGCGGAUUACCAGACAGUAAUCGGUUAUUUGGAUGAAAGAAUAACGUUAGACCAAAGUAUAAAGCCUGGGGAUGUCAACUACAACGCUGCUCUCUGCAUGAUGGCUUCUAAACUGGUCUAUGAGAAUGAAGCUCGCGUUACAAAGAUUGUUAAGGAUGUUUGGAAGAUGGAAUUUUUGGGAUUUUUCAACUUUUGGAAUGAAUAUCAAAAGAAACGGUCGACACAAGCAUGCAUGUUUUGGGAUAAGAAUCCUGUUUGUGACACCAUCGUGGUGGCAUUUAGAGGCACAUCGCCCUUCAGUGCUUACGACUGGAUCACCGACGUGGAAUUGUCUUGGUACGAGCUGGAAGGGUUUGGAAAAGUCCAUGCCGGGUUUAUGAAAGCACUGGGCUUACAAAAGUCCGUUGGAUGGCCCAAGGAAGUAAACCGAAAAGAUAAAAACCAGCCUUUGGCUUAUUACACCCUCAGAAAAAAGCUGACUAAACUUCUCAAAGAAAAUGAGAACGCCAAGUUCGUGGUAACUGGGCACAGCCUGGGCGGCGCUUUGGCCGCACUAUUUCCCUUUAUUUUGGCGUUCCAUCAGGAAGAGUUCCUGCUACAAAGAUUAGAGGGAGUGUACACAUAUGGACAACCUCGGGUUGGAGACUCCAAAUUUGGAGAGUUUAUGGUCAAAACAUACUCGCAAUACAAUAUUGGUUUCCACAGAUUCGUGUAUGGGUUUGACAUGGUCCCUCGGCUACCCCUGGAUGACAAGGCCUCUAUGUUCAAACACUUCGGACCCUGUAUUUAUUUCGACAUCUUCUAUAAAGCCAAGAUUCUUGAAGAAGAGCCAUUCAAGAACUAUUUCUCAAUGGUGGCAGCGGUGAUGAUGCGAACUCGUGCAUUCAUGGAGUUGGGAAGAAGCUUAUUAAUUUUUUGGAUAAAGGGAAGGGAGUACAAGGAAGGAGUGCCUUUGAGAAUGAUGAGGGUGUUUGGAUUGUUGGUGCCUGGAGUUAAUGCUCAUUGCCCUCAAGAUUAUGUCAACUCAACUCGGUUGGGUACCAAAGGCUUCCUGGUUUCACCUCCCUAAAGCCAGUAGGGGAGGAUGUGAAGACUGAAUGGGUUCCUUCUCAUACAUGAAACCAAAAUAUAAUAAGUGUUAUGUUAAAUAAUAAGUGUGAUGAAAUGAAUAUGAUUCCAAUAAAUGUAACCGAAUAAGGAGCCCUACUUGGGUACAUAGUAAGUCUUUAUGUUUCUUAAAUUGUUGUGUUAUGUUCAAGUGUUUGUGUGUUGUUACUAUUUAUGUUUCAAAACACAUUUCAAUGUUUCAUUUUGUUGGUUUGUUCUU